UUUAGAACCAUAUGAAACACAACAUUUUACAUAAUUAUUAUUAUUUUUAUAUAAUAGAGUACUUUUUUUAUAUUAUUUUAAUACACACGUUCCGUUUGUGAUUGUUUUUAACAAAAGGUACGCGUUUUUGUCGUUAAUUUAACAUCUGCUGGCAGCCCAUUGCUUGCUGAUCAGGUAUAUUAUUACGGUAUUAACCUGUUUCAAACUUUGGCAACCGGAAUUUCAUCUAUCCGUGUAAAAUUAAAUUGUAUUUUGAGUAAUACAGUUCUAGCGUGUAUACAUCUCAAAUCAUUAAAUUGAACGUCGAAGAACAUUGUAUGUUAAACUAUAUAGACACUUGCCGGCAGUUUUUAAUUUUGUUUCCUUAAGUAAUUAAUACUUUAGACAUCACGUACAUACACAGACCGACAACUGCGGUGGUAUCAUUUCUACCACUACUGCCGUGCGCGCGCGUGUGAUCAGUAACUGACAGUAACGAAACGGUGUGACAGAAAAACCCCUCGUUAACAACUGUAUUGCCAUCAAAACUAGAAAUAACAGUCUCAACUUCAUAAUGGACGAUCUUAAAGUUGAGGUGCUCUUUGAAAAUGGUGCCUACUACGAGGGUGUUGUCAUGGGCGUCAUGGAUUCUGAAGUUUUAGUUUCUUUUCCUAAUGAUUGGUAUCCUGAAACAAAGUUUAACUGUGGCAGUGUACGUCUUCCUAUGGCUGACAGCCAAUGUGGUGCUGAAUUCACGGAUAAUCAAGAAGUUGAAGUAAAAACUAUCAGAGACCCACAUCCAUGUUAUGGAUGGAUUAAGGCAGUGAUAAAAAUUAUAAGUGGCAAUCCUCCUACUCAAUUUGUCGUCCAACAUCUCGACAGUACCUUUACUGAAAUAGUUACACCUGAUCGUCUGAGGUGCAAAAACACAAAUCCUCAUAUUAAUGCGAAUACCUUUUUUAAAUUUGAUAUUGAUGUACCAGAAGAUGUUAGAGAAUGUGCUAAGAUUGAUGGUAUACAUAAAGAUUUACAGAAGGCAAUUGGUGCAUCACUGGUCAUAUAUAAUGUUGAUCAAUGUGUAUUGAGUGUGAUAUCACGUUCCCCAUUAACCAGUAAGCGAGCACUGAUGCUUGCUGAUAUGCAUUUUAGAAAUCUUAACCAAAAAGUGAUGUUGCUAAAAAAGACUGAAGAGUUAGCCAGACAACUAGAAAGUUCUAAACAACAAAUUACAUCAUCAUCAUAUACAGAUGAAUUUAAAGUUCGUGAUGAUUUAAUGGGGUUAGCAAUUGGUGCUCAUGGUACCAAUAUACAGCAAGCACGCAGGGUUGAUGGCAUAACAAAUAUUGAACUUGAUGAACACACUGGCAUUUUCAAAAUUUAUGGAGAAAAUAAAGAAGCUGUAAUGAAAGCACGAGGAAUUUUGGAGUAUAAAGAAGAAUUUUUACAAGUACCAAGAGAUUUCAUAGGAAAAGUAAUUGGUAAAAAUGGUCGUAAUAUACAAGAUAUUGUAGAUAAAAGUGGAGUAAUCAGAGUAAAAAUUGAAGGUGAUAAUGAACCCCAACCCACAAUUCCUCGUGAAGAAGGUCAAGUUCCAUUUGUUUUUGUUGGUACUGUAGAGAGUAUAUCAAAUGCUAAAGUUUUACUUGAGUACCAUUUAGAACAUCUUAAAGAGCUUGAGCAAAUUAGGCAAGAAAAAAUGGGAAUGGAACAAGAAUUACGUAGUAUUCAUAGUACUGGACCUUCUUAUCCUCACCAAAUGAUGCCAAACUACACCACACAAAGGCGAAAUGAUCGUAAUUUUAACCCUGAUAGUGAUACUAUGAAUAAUGGAAUAGGAGGUAAUNCACCCUCUUCUCAACGCCCAAAUCAGUACCAAUAUAACAAUCGUCAAGGAGGUCAGGGAAACGUACCUAGAGAACGCCGUGGAGGCCCAGGGAAUUCAGCUCCAAGAGGCAAUAGGGGAAUUGGCAACAGACGUGCUGAUGAAAGAAGGAGAACAGCUGAUGAUGAAAACACUGUUCUUGAUAAUGCUCAAGAUAGUGGUGAUAGAGAAUCUGUGUCUAGCGUGGACGCGCAAGUACCAAAGUCAAAAAACAGUCAAAAAAGAAGGAAUCGCGCCAUAGCUGCUGCUCAAGGUGAAAAUUCAAAUAAUUUUAAUAAAGGCAUUAGUAAUGAUAGUAACAAAUCUAAUGACUGGGAUUACGAUCUCAGAAAAGAUAAUAUUGAAACAACCAAUUCAUCUCAAACCAAUACUAAUAAUGGUAAUACAAAUGGUAGCAAUACUAAUGGAAAUAGCAAACCAUCAAAAAAUCAAAGAUCUAAAGGUCAACAAAAUAAAUCUCCAUCAAAGAAUAAGUCCAACAAUGCGACUACUGCUAAUGGACAACAAGCUGUUACAGUUAAUGGAUCGUCAACAGCACCUGAUGCUGACUCUGCUUAAAAAUCAAAACAAACACAAUUUGGCUUUGUUUAUAAUUAUAGGGAAAAUAUUUUGAUUGUAAAACUAAUCUACGAGUAGAAGAUCACUCAUUAUGUCUUAAAUUUCUAUGUCUCAAAUGUGAAUGGUUGAGUAAUAUUGGCACCUUGUUAAAUGGAUUUAGCAGAGCUCAUCCAGCAUAGUGUUUUUUGUAAGUGACUUUUUCAAUUAUGUAUACAUUUAAUGUAACCAGUAUAAAUUGAAAUUAUGCCUAUUCUGUAAACAUAUAUUCAUAUGUGAUCUUGUAUGAAAAUAAUGUAUACUAUAUAGGAUUAAAUGGUAUUUAUAAAUCUCAUAAUAUAUACUAUUAGUUAUAGUAUAAUUUAUGAAUGUAAUAAAAUAUACUUAUUAUAAUUUUUUGCAUAAUAAAUAAACUGUAAAUUUUUUCUGAAAACUGUUAAUAUAUAUUAUUUUUGUCUUUCCAUUAAUUUUUUUCUAAUUAAGACUUCACAGUCUAUAGGUUUUUAUAUUUGUUAGUUAUAAAAUAAUUAGUUUAAUGUAUGGUUGGCACAAUGUUAAUUGACUGGUCAAAUAACUAAAAAGAUGUCGACUUGUAUUAAAAACAAAAAGUCUGUAUUUAAAUUUAAAGUUUUUAUUAUAUAAUACUAUAUUUUUAGA